AGAUUUCAAACGAUGUGCGAUGAACUAUAAAAGUUGUUAAUUCAUUUUUCUGUUUAUCAGUUUUAAUUUAGCUGUUAAAAUAAUAGAAUUAACUUAAACUUAUUUUGCUUUUGAAAAACAUGUUGAAAUUGGUCGCCAUUUGUUUGGUAUUUGUGUGUUUAUGUGAAGCUGCCUUUUCCAGUUUACAUCAUGUUGUGCCCAAUGAUCCUUACAGUGUUUUAACCAAUGGCAAAUCAUCCACAAGCACACUGGGCAAUUCCAUACCAUCCUUGUCCAAUGCCAUAUCAGACGAAGAUAAAUCAAGUAAAGCUCUAUCAGAAGAAUCUAAUGAAUCUGCUGCAAAUUCUGCUGCUAGUUCGGCUCCCGUCCCAACUGCGGCAGCUGCAAGUUCUGCUCCUGGCUCUGCUGGAGGUUCAGCCCCAGCAGCUUUAACUAGAAUUAAGCCUUCUUCAGCUUUAAGCAGCAUUACCUCAUCAUCUGGUCUCUCAAGAGGUUCUCUCCUAAUCUCUUCCUCAGCACAAGCAACUGCCACUGCAGGCUCUGCCGGCAGUUCAUUAAGUUCCUCUUCACCCUUGGCUUCAGCCAGAUCAACAACAACCAUACAACAUCGUAUUCUACCCGCCGAAUCUAUACCUCUACCCAUUACCAUUUCCACAAGACCUGGUCUACGCACAGUAAUUGCCCCCGAAACUAUAACCAUACAACAGCCAGGCAUAGCAAAAGUUGGUGAAGUUGUACAACAAAUUCCUACUGCUGUGUCGCAUCAACGACAAACUGUGGUUCAUAAACAUGCUCGUGUUGUUACGCCCAUAGUGGCACCAGCCGUUCGCACGGUUACCUCUCAAAUUGUUCGUGCCUAUCACACACCCCUGGUUUAUGCUCCUCAUAUUGUGGAAAAUUGAGAUUCAUGACGGACUCAUAAUGACUUUGAUUUUUAUAUUUUUAUAAAAAAAAUUAUGAAAAAUCCCAAAAUUUUAGGUUUGGUUGAGCAAAAACAAAAUGAUGUUUAAUAUUUUGAUUGCAAAAUUUUUGUUUGAAAUAAAAAAAAAUUAUGAACAAAAUUGUUAUGAUUUUUUCAUGCGUUUAAUUAAUAUCCUUCAAAAGUGCUCCCUAUUAAAGUCAAAUAGUAAUCAAAUUUCCAAA